AUGAUGCUGUGCCAGAACAGACAAGAAGACGUCUCAUUUCUGAUGGGCGCAUCGUCCGGCCUUCCAUCACAGUGCUUCUUCGACACUAUACUAGCACCACUACCAACAUGGGUCUUCAUACUCGCCCUACCAGCCGUGGGACUCAUUCGCACCAAAGUACCAUCCACACAGGUCCUCCACGCCAACGUGCGCCGUGCCUGGAUCCGCACCGCCACACUGUCUCUGUACUACUUCUGCAUAUUCGCCAUCGUCCUGAUGGAGUCCAUCGAGGUCGGCCGUCUGGCCGCAGCAGAUCUUGGUGUCGGGCUACUGCCAUUCAUCUACGUCGCGUGCGCCCUGGCCGUGGUCACGUGCGCAGCUGAUACAAAGAUCGCUCGCGCUCUAGGAUGGGAUCGUGGGUGGUGGCAGGAAGCAACGGCACUAUUUUGCGCCAUGAGUGGCAUCAUCACUACGGUCAAGACGAUCGCCGUGGAGGCGCUCGACGGUGCGAGUCGCUUGCACACAGCGUAUCCCGUGAGCGACCAGUUUACGGACCUUGUUGUCCUGGCGGUGCUCUACUUUGUACUCUUGCUGGUUGUGGUGGCCAUGAAGUACUUUGUCAGGCCGAGGGACCGAGCUAGUCGGGCUUCAAUGGCCAGUGAUAUCGAGGAAGUCGAACUCACUAUGAAGGAAUGA